GUGGAACGUAGCCAUCUGGUGGUGAAGCGCCAUCUUGCAACGUCGAAGGAACUAACAUUUGAAGUCUACUUUGCACAUGAAAAUGGAGAACUCUCAAUCGACGUUCGACCACGAUGGUACUCAGUAAAUUUUCUACUCGAUUACUGAACACUCGUGUGUCUCUGCUCUGGAAUUAUGCUGCGGAAUGGUUGCCACGUGAAAAUGUCAGACGGAUACAUUUCAACUACUAUGCUGACAAAAGUAACAACAUUCCUGGUGAGACUGAAAAGUUGAAUAUGUAUCAGGCAAUAAAUAAUGGACUUCGAUCAGUGUUGACCAAAGAUCCGGACGCAGUGAUAUUUGGCGAGGACGUUGCAUUCGGAGGAGUCUUUCGCUGCACCAUGAAUCUCCAAAAAGACUUCGGAAGCGAUCGAGUUUUUAACACGCCGUUAUGCGAACAAGGCAUCGCUGGUUUUGGAAUUGGUUUAGCCACUGCUGGUGUAACAGCGAUCGCAGAAAUUCAAUUCGCGGAUUACAUAUUCCCUGCAUUCGAUCAGCUAGUAAACGAAGCGGCUAAAUUCCGGUAUAGAAGUGGCGGAGAAUUCGAUUGCGGUAAAUUGACUGUACGAACACCUUGUGGAGCUGUGGGUCAUGGUGGUCUCUAUCAUUCACAGAGUCCAGAAGCUUAUUUUGCACAUACGCCAGGUUUAAAGAUCGUUAUUCCCCGCGGGGCGAAACAAGCGAAAGGUCUUUUGUUGAGCUGCAUAGAAGAACCGGAUCCCUGCAUAAUGUUCGAACCAAAAAUACUGUAUCGCACGGCCAUCGACGAGGUGCCGACAGCCGAUUACAAGAUCGAGAUUGGCAAGGCUGAAAUUGUCAGAGAAGGUGACGCCGUGACACUGGUGGGUUGGGGUACACAGGUGCACGUAUUGCUGGAGGUGGCCGAUCUCGUCCAGGAGAAGCUCGACGCGUCCUGCGAGGUAAUAGACCUCGUUUCUAUCCUGCCUUGGGACGCGGAACUCGUUUGCAAGUCGGUGAAGAAAACUGGACGGGUCAUCAUCGCCCAUGAAGCGCCACAGACCAAUGGAUUUGGAGCAGAGAUAGCUGCAACAAUUCAGGAGGAGUGUUUCUUGCAUUUGGAAGCUCCGGUACAAAGGAUCACCGGCUGGGACAGUCCGUUCCCUCACGUUUUCGAGCCGUUUUAUCUGCCCGAUAAGUGGAGAUGCUUCGCCACUGUCAGAACCGUCCUGAACUACUGAAAAACCGGGGAUAUUCUACUUAAGAACACGAUGCGAGUGAAACCUGUUGCCUGUGCGGACGUUCGCCCUCGAGGACAGAUACGAUAUCGAUUUUUCUACGUUCUCGCAGUAUCAUCGUCGAAUUACGUGCUCGACGGCGUAUUUUCUGUAAAUUCUUAUCGAUUAUUCUCAUUCGCCAGACGUUAUCGUAAUCUCCGCCGAGCGUUCAAAUUUGUAACGUAGCGUUUUACUAUUUUUACAAUUCAACGCGUCGACACGUUGGGCGUAUGUUAUGAAUUUAAUUUGCUCGAGUAAGUAAGGAACGACAGUAGCGACACUAUUAAGCGAACUUGAUAAUUUGAAACGGUGAUACCAGAAUUUCUGUACGUUUUUACCGUUACCAAAGGAAAGUAAUCUCUAAUUAAAUUGAGUACUUUAUUGUGUACUACCUUUUCUGAUGGCCAAGUAAGAGACAUUAUUUAUAUGUUACUUAUGAUAUUCUGCUCUGCAAAGUAAUUAAUAUAUUUUUUUAAGCAAA